UGAGGGGGAAAACCGAGAAAAAUUGUUGCAUAAAAGUUUAGGGGAGUUAACUAGUUAUUUGCCGGCUACAAUACUUCUAGAGAAGUACCUACUUAUAUUUCUUGCUGUAGUACCUAUAUCCUUGUUAACACAUUUUGUAAAUCAGUGCGUUAUGGUUAGGGUAAUAUCCCUAUGAUUGACGAUGGCGUAUAAUUUAGAACAUCGGUUUCCCGGACCACAUAUCGAUAUUUUUAUAGGCCCUGGGUCCUACGAACAUGAGAUUUGCAAACCGUUUCAGCAAAACAAGUACCCAUUUAAUUCCUCAAAAAACAGAGAUACGCUUAAAUAUGGUAGUCUAUACACUGAAGCAAUAUAUUAUGCUAAGUACCGGGAUAAAAUACCGCUAGGAACAUCAUUGCAGUCAAAGACGCCACGUUUUCCUUAUGAACUAUUUAGCAAAGAAGAUAUGGAAGAACUGUUAUGUCGAUGUGGAGUAGAGAGCCCAUGUAUUUGUGAUGAGGGGAAAGUUACAGAACAAGUGGUAUGCCAGGCGAAAGUUCCAAGGAAGCUUUUCAUCGGUUCGUGUCCACAUUCCCCUGGACGCCGUCACGUUUUAAUGAAACCGAAUAAACCAAAUCCUGACUUUUACAACGCAACCGUUAAUGAGUUUACUAAGUUCUAUCAUGGCUGUAAAUGGAGUAAAUGGACCUCGAAACGCGAAAUAAAAUCGCUUGAAACCAGACCGGGGCCUGCUGAUUAUCAUGUCGAAAAAAAAACAACAGCUCAAGAAAUUUGUAAUGAAAGAAUACGGGAAUACCAUCGUAUGUCAUCAAAGCAGCCAAGAUACAUUGAAAUGGUACAGGAUUUAGAAUUACGAGAGUGUCGCCCUGGACCGGCAAGUUAUUAUGUAAAAAAUCCACAGUGUCCAGACUUAAAGUUUUACGGGGGCAAAGCGGAACGAUUCCCUAAAUCAAAAUACGAAAUUACACCUGGACCAGCAGACCAGUAUAUCAAGCGACUUUAUGAUUCGCAGACGUGUGAAAUGAAGUGUCCUCAUGUAAAACUACCAGCACCUGCAGGUUUCGGCGUCAAGGCAGCCAGGUUCAGGAACCAACACCAGAAAGGACCUGGCCCAGCUGACUAUAACAUUAAACUUAAUCUCUGCGCAUUUAUGCACUGCUCAACUGCACCAUUCGGCGUAUCGUCAAAAAGAUUUGUAGAUGAUCCUACAGAAGAUUUUAGUGAUGAAGAACUUGACGAGGAAGAAGAAAUACCUAAAAAAGAACCCUGUGUUAACCCAACCUGGCAAUUCAAAUCAAAUAGUAAACUAUACAAACCUCUAAUAAAAAAAUUAAAUGACCCAAGUCCUGCAGACUUUUUAAAUUGCCCAUGCGGGAACAAAUAUUUAACAGAGAGACCUCCGGAAAAACAGUAUGCAGCACCGUUCUAUUCAUCUGAUGGCCGAUUCCUACCAUGGUAUAGUUGGGUUUCGAUUUGUGGAAAGAGUUCGUCUCCUGGCCCAGGCUACUACGAACUGAAUGGACCCAAAUGCCGUCCGGCCUUCAUGUGUGGACCACUGUAUAAAACUCCACGGUUUAACAGUAAAAUUAACACAAAUCCUGCUCCUAACGAAUACAAUAUUGAGACAGAAGCGGCAGUACUAAACACAUUUAAUGUUAGGCUGAAAAACAACUUAUCCAAAAGAAAGACGUUAAAUUUGAAACCUCGUAAAGAAAAAAAACAUCCAACAAAAGAGGAUAUAGAGAUGAAACUCUAUCAACAAUCAAUAGAAUUACUAGACGAAGAAUGUGUAUAACAAAAAAGUAAAUUGUGUUAAAUUAACGUGGUAUUUUGAACUUUUUCAUUGCCCGCGAGCGUAUUUUUUAUAUCUACAACAUCUUAUUUUAAAAAAUAUUGUUUUUAUACAUACCUACAUAUUUUAGUAUACUUACUUUAGUAUUUGUUACAUAUCAUUUACCAUUUUUUAUUAAAUAAAU